UGGUGGUAAAGGUCUUUCCCUUUUUUUAUUGCAUAUGACAUGUGGUGACUACAAAACUUAUUGGUACAUUAACGAAUGAGAUUAUUAAAUUCGCAAUUACGAGCUGAUCAGGGGAGCUUGGAUUUUGUGUAUUGAACUGCAGGUACUUACGCUUACGCACUACGAACUGUUUAGUUGCUGUUUUAAUUUGACGUUGUUCGUGCUAUGUGCCGUUAUUAUUGAUUUGAAUGACAUCGAUUUAAAAUUUUGUUUGUGUGAAAAUGUUUAUAUACAUAUACUCGACGUAAAUUAUUAGAGCAAACAUGGAGUCAGCAAAUUCAUAUUUCCUUCCUGUUGACUUUGUAAUAUUUGGAGGAAUACUGUUUAUCUGCGCUGCAAUUGGCGUGUACUUUGCUUACAAGGACAGGAAAGUUCAAACAACGGAAAACUACUAUUUUGGACGCAGAAAUGUGUCCCCGAUAAGUGUUGCAAUGUCAUUAUCAGUGUCAUACAUAUCAGCGAUCACUGUCAUUGGCAAUCCAGUCGAAGUAUAUCUCUAUGGUACGGUAUAUGCAUGGACCGUGGUUGCAAACCUCAUAGGUUUUAUUGCUGCUUCAAUAUAUUACAUUCCAUUGUAUCAUCGGCUUCGUAUAAAAAGCGUAUACGAGUAUUUGGGUCGACGCUUUCAUUCUAGAAUACGAUCAUUUGCUUCCACAAUGGCGAUGCUAAAAUUGACAUUUUACUUGGGAAUAACUGUAUAUCUUCCUUCUCUUGCGUUGAGCGCAGUGACACCUCUCGAGCUAAACUGGACAAUUGCAUUGACAAGUAUCCUCUGCACAUUUUACACCAGCAUCGGAGGAAUGAAGGCAGUGAUAUGGACGGAUGUUCUGCAAGGUGUUAUCAUGAUUGCAGGAAUGCUUGCAAUUUUCAUUCAGGCAAUAAUAAUGUAUGGAGGAUACGGACCAAUAAUGGAUGCCGCGGAUCGUGGAGAUAGAAACAAUUUGCUCAAAUUAGACAUUGAUCCCAGAGUUCGAAGUACCGUGUGGACGAUUGGAGGUGCAUUGGCACUCAAUACUUGUUAUUUAAGUUGUUGUAGUCAAGUCACAACUCAGAGAUAUUUGUCAUGUAAUUCAGUUCGAUCAUCUAGAAUAGCUGCACUGUUACAAUGGAUUCCUGGCACAAUCAUGGUCCUUCUCUCCAUUGCAAAUGGUUUAGUCAUGUAUGCCUAUUAUGAAGGAUGCGAUCCACUUUUAUCUGGUGCGAUUGAGAAAAAUGACCAGGCAAUGCCUAGGUUAGCCCUGAAAAUAUUUCAAGAUUUGCCUGGCAUGGCAGGAAUGUUUACGUCGGCUGCAUUUAGUGGAACACUGAGCACAAUAUCAUCGGGAGUCAACUCUCUAUCAGCAUUGGCGCUUGAAGAUUUUGUCAUUCCAUGUUUUCCAGCGAUGUCGACAACAAGAAAAAUGAUUUUUUCCAAAGUAUUAGCUGUAGUUUUUGGAGGAGUGGUCAUGGGAAUAGCCUACACCGUUUCGCUUUUAUCUUCAAACAUUAUCAAAAUCAACAUGAUAACCGGGGCUGUCGGAACACCAAUUCUAAGCGUUUUCACCAUGGGCAUGUUCAUGCCUUGGAUUAACAGUUGGGGAGCGUUGUCAGGAAUGAUAAGUGGCAUUGUCUGUGGAAGUUGGGUCGCUCUGGCUUCGAUCAAUCAAGCAACCUACCCAGCUACAACUGAGUCCCUACCCGUGUCCACUAGUAAUUGUACUUUGACGAAUUUUCUACACAAUGCCUCAACUACGUCAUUUACUGGAGUAUCCGAAGAUACCACUACACUCGAAUCAAUGUCUACGAUAUCUGACGAAUAUGGAUCUGUUUUACAAUAUACCCUGUAUUCGAUGUCGCCGUUUUUAUAUGGAACAUUUGCAUUCUUCGUUUCUAUUAUCGUCGGGCAUAUCGUCUCACUGUUUACAGGAUUUAACAAAGUAUCAGAAGCUGAUCCGGAUCUAUUUGUUCCUGUUAUAAAUUGCAAAAUAUUACGUUUUGGCAUUCCCGAAAAAUCGUCAAAAGGAAUAGCAGAGAAUAGCAAAGAAAAUGUUUUUAUAAAUUCAUGUUGUACCGGAGAUGAUUGUAGUCAAAAUUUGCCGGAUUCCCCGCAUAAUGAAAUAAAAGAAACUGUCUUUUAAAUUAUUUAUUGUUGCAAGCUGUGAUUGUUAAUAUUAAAAUGUGUUAGACAUUCAUGGCAUUCUUUUCGCCAACUGCAAAUUGCCUUUUGGUAGUCGAAAUUGCAAUUGUAACGGAUUGGUAAAAAUUAUAACAAAAACCUAUACAUGUAUAUAAGUGUUAAAAUUUUCGCGUCACAGUGUGAUUUUCCAGGAGUCAUAAAAACCAAAUUGUCUCCCUUUAUUUUUUUCAGAAGUUCGUAAGCGUUCGGUGUUUGAAGAUAAGACUUUUUAAACAUUAGACUUUUUUUAUCUGAACUUUAUCAAAUAGCUCACGUAGAUAAUCAAUACUCUUUUUAUCAAUGUAUGCAUC